AUGAUUUCAGCUGGGAAUGCCAGAGUGUCGGAUAGCUCAAUUGCUGCAAGACUUGCACUUCAAAAAACGUGCCAUGGUUUUCGUGAUUUCAUCGAAGAACAAAAACCGGACCUCAAUCUUUCUUCCAUGGAUAUUUUCCUAUUUCCUCGAUUUGCUCGACUGGUUUUGAAAUCAAAAAUCGAUAAGAAAACUGUGAUCAUAGAAUACGGAGGAACCAAUACUGGAUGUCAAGUGUCAAGUCGGCCAGAGAAUCAUAAUUGA